ACUUUACAGCAGGGAGGUGAGGGAUUGUAUGGCAAACCCCAGGGAAAAAGCUAAAGCUCACCGCCUCUGUGGGACUAGAAUUCCCCUCAGUCUGAAUCGAUUGCAUGGACGUUCAUGCAGCCUUCCUGCCUCUUGUCCAGCCUCAGGGCUGGGUUGGGAUCUACCUUGUUGCAGGUGGUCUCAGGAAGAGCAGGUACCAUGCUGCUCCCAGCCCUGCUCUGCUUCUGGGCAACUUGGGCCUGGGCUGAUGGGCGAUGGUGCCAACGGACAGAGACUGUCCAGGUGGAGGAGGUGGUGACCCCUCGGCAGGAAGAGCUGGUGCCCUGCAGCAAUCUCUACUAUUAUAUUCACCGGGGCUGGCAGCUGGACCUGGCCAGGAGCAGGCCCACAACCUCCCUAACCCAUACUGUCUGCCCGAUCUACAAGCCGCCUGAUAUCCGACCAGUAGCCUGGAACCGGACUGUGAGGGCCUGUUGCCCAGGCUGGAGAGGUCCUCAAUGCACUCUAGGUACUGGCACCAAGGAUCACUGUUUUGCCACCUGGCAGUGCCAAGUAGGGCCAGAUUUAUUGAAUGCCUCAGCGGGCAGCUUGGAGGAGUGCUGUGCCCAGCCCUGGGGGCGCAGCUGGUGGAAUGACAGUUUGGAACUUUGCUUUAGUUGUUCUUCCUGGCCUCUGACAGGCAAUCAUCUGUCCCCAGCCGUCUUACAGCCCUUGCCUGGGGCAGUGGGCCAUCUUCGGAGCCAGCGCCAGGGCCUCUCAGCCACCUGUAUGACUUGGUCAGGCUUCCACUACCGGACCUUUGACAGGCGUCACUACCACUUCCUGGGCCGAUGCACCUACCUACUUGCGGGUGAUAUUGAUGCCACCUGGGCUGUUUACCUCAUUCCUGGCAGGCACUGCCCUUGGCCUGAUGACUGCCAGCCGACUGUUCAGGUUCUGAUGGGACAGGAUACGGUGCUCAUCCGGGGCUCCAAUGUUUCAGUGAAUGGAGCACCAGUGCUGGAGGGGCGGCCCCUACUACAGGGUGGGCUGAGCCUGCAGUGGCCAGGGGACUGGCUGGUGCUGUCAGGUGGUUUGGGUGUGGUGGUGAGGAUGGACAGGGCUGGUUCUGUCUCACUCACUGUUGACCACGAACUCCAGGGGCAGACUAGUGGCCUCUGUGGGCUCUACAAUGGUCGACCUGAAGAUGAUUUUCUGGAGCCUGAAGGGGGGCAGGCUGUACUAGCUGCCACUUUUGGCAAUUCCUGGAAGUCCCCUGACUCAGAGCCUGGGUGCCUGGAUGCAAUGGAAGCAGCUCAAGGCUGCAUGGACUCCACCGAAGACACAGAGGCAGGCGUGGGUACAGGGGUGCUGCGGGCUGAAGCUCAGGACAUCUGUCACCAGCUGCUGGACGGCGGCUUCAGAGAGUGUCAUGUGCAGGUUCCCCCCAGUGGGUUCCAUGAAGCUUGCCUCUUUGCCUACUGCGCGGCAGGUGGUGGGCAGGCAGGGAGGCAGGAGGCGGUAUGUGCUACGUUUGCCAACUAUGCCCGUGACUGUGCCCAGCACGAUGUCUUCAUCCCUUGGCGGAAGCCUGGCUUCUGUGAGCGCCUUUGCCCAGGAGGACAGCUAUACUCAGAUUGUGUGUCAUCCUGCCCACCUAGCUGUGGGGCAGUGGGUGAGCAUGAGGAGGGGCAGUGUCGAGAGGGCUGUGUGAGUGGCUGUGAAUGCCCACCAGGACUUUACAGGGAUGACGACCUCUGUGUCCCUGCUGCUCAUUGCCCCUGCUACCACCACCGCCAGCGCUAUUCCCCGGGCAGCACAGUGUACCAGCUAUGCAAUCCGUGUGUGUGCCUGGAAGGCCACUGGCAUUGUUCCCAGAAGCCAUGCCCAGCUGAAUGUGCAGUGGGUGGAGAUGGGCACUACGUCACUUUCGAUGGGCGAAGUUUCUUCUUCCAGGGCACCGGGGGCUGCCGGUACAACCUGGUACAGGAUGAUUUAAAGGGGCAGCUGCUGAUGGUAUUGGAACACGGGGUCUGUGAGGCCGGGAGCUGUCUCCGUGCCAUCUCAGUCACCCUGGGUGAAGUCUAUGUCCAGCUCCGGGACUCAGGGGCAGUGCUGGUAGGCAGGCAAGAGGUGGCAUUGCCUUGGGAUGGGCCUGGUGGUCUCCAUGUCCAUCAUGCCUCCUCUACCUUCCUACUGCUUCGUGGGCCUGGUGUCUGGCUCCUCUGGGGUGUGCGUGAACCUGCCGCAUACAUUACCUUGGAACCCUUCUAUGCCCACCGGGUAAGGGGUAUGUGUGGAACCUUCACUUGGAACCAGCAGGACGACUUCCUCACACCCGCCGGAGAUGUGGAAUCCAGUGUGACUGCCUUUGCCGGCAAGUUCCAGCUGAGUGGGGAGGCUACCUGCCGUUUGGGGGAUACUCUUAUCCCACUUAACCCCUGCAGUACCUAUGCUCAGCGCCGGCCCUAUGCAGAAGCCACCUGUGCCAUUCUCCAAGGCCCAGCUUUCCAGCAAUGCCACAGGCUGGUGGAACAAGAGCCUUAUCAGUUACGGUGCCUGUCAGCAGUAUGUGGCUGUGCCCUGGGUCAUGAUUGCCUGUGUCCUGUGCUAUCUGCCUAUGCCCGCCACUGUGCCCGGGAGGGUGUGCUCAGCCCCUGGAGGAACCAGACUCUGUGUCCUGUCAUGUGUCCAGCUGGUCAAGAAUACCAAGAAUGUGCCCCAGUGUGUGGCCAGAGAUGUGGAGAACUGGAGACCUGUGGGGAAUUAGUGGGCUGCGUGGCUGGUUGCAAUUGUCCCUCUGGCCUGCUGUGGGAUCAUGAGAGCCAAUGUGUGCCCCCCAGCCUGUGUCCUUGCCAGCUGGGAGGCCAGUCUCACCCUCCAGGCAGCAUCACUUUGCAGGGAUGCAAUCGCUGUGUUUGCCAGGACAGAGGCAUCUGGAACUGCACAGCUCAGCACUGUGCCCCAGGAGUGGCAUUCUGCCCUGGAGGGCGCGUGUACUCCCCAGGCUCUUGCCUCCUCACCUGUGACAGUCUCAGUGCCAAUAUCUCCUGCCCCACAGACACUUCUGAUGGCUGCAUAUGCCCUCUGGGCACUGUGCUGCUGGAUGAACACUGUGUGUCCCCUGAACUGUGCCCCUGCAGACACAGUGGGCAGCUGUACCCACCCAACUCGACCAUCCAGGAGGACUGCAAUACUUGUGUGUGCCAGGGCCGACAGUGGCACUGCACGGGUCACCAAUGCAGUGGACAGUGCCAAUCUUCAGGUGCCCCUCACUAUGUGACAUUUGAUGGCCUGGCAUUUACCUUCCCUGGGACCUGCGAGUAUCUGCUGGUGCGGGAGGUGGAUGGGAGCUUUUCCAUCUCUGCCCAGAACCUACCCUGUGGGACCAGUGGCCUUACCUGCACCAAGGCCCUGACUGUUCGUCUGGGGAACACCAUUGUGCAUAUGCUCAGAGGUCGGGCAGUGACAGUGAAUGGAGUGAGUGUGCGCCCUCCCAAGAUCUACACAGGACCCGGGCUGAGCCUGAAACAAGUUGGUUUCUCCUUGUUGCUCACUGCUCGCCUUGGCCUCUCCUUGCUCUGGGAUGGAGGCACACGGGUUAUGAUACAGUUGGUCCCCCAGUUCCGGGGCCGUGUGGCAGGGCUGUGUGGGGACUUUGAUGGUGAUGCCGCCAAUGACCUUCGGAGCCGUCAAGGUGUCCUGGAGCCGACAGCUGAACUGGCUGCCCACUCGUGGCGUCUCAGCCUCCUCUGCCCCGAGCCAAGCCUUGGGGACGUGCCCCAUCCCUGCACUGUGAAUGCCCACAGGGUGGGCUGGGCCCGGGCCCGAUGUGUGCUGCUUCAGCCACUCUUUGCCUCUUGCCAUAUGGAGGUACCCCCCCAGCAGCACUACGAGUGGUGUGUGUAUGAUGCCUGUGGCUGUGACUCAGGAGGCGACUGUGAGUGUCUCUGUUCAGCUAUUGCUACCUACGCAGAGGAGUGUGCCCGUCAUGGGCACCACACGCAUUGGCGCAGCCAAGACCUCUGCCCUAUACAGUGUGAGGGGGGUCAGGUCUAUGAAGCCUGUGGCCCUGUCUGCCCCCCUACCUGCCAGAACCCUGGUCCUGAGCCUACGUGGCAUUGUCAAACUGUGCCCUGUGUGGAGGGAUGCUUCUGUCCUGAGGGCACUCUGCUUCAUGGUGGGGUCUGUUUGGAGCCAGCUGCCUGUCCCUGUGAGUGGAGAGGCAACUUCUUUCCACUGGGAACCAUGCUGCAGAGGGACUGUGGGAACUGCACAUGCCAUGCAGGAGAGUGGAACUGUGGGGAAGCAGGUUCCCAGUGUAGGGAGAUGGUGCUGGAAUGUGCAGAGGGUGAAGUCCCAUGCCAAGAGAGUGGGUACUGUGUGCCCCAGGAGUGGCUCUGUGACAACCAGGAUGACUGCGGAGAUGGCUCUGAUGAGGAGGGCUGUGCCCCUCCGGGCUGUGGAGAGGGGCAGUUCUCCUGUGGUGAAGGCCGUUGUCUGCCCUUGUCACUGCACUGCGAUGGACGAGAUGACUGUGGAGAUGGGGCAGAUGAGCAUGGCUGCCCAUGCCCCAUGGGUUUCCUGCCCUGUGUUGAUGGGCAGUGCCUGCCCCUGGCCCAGCUUUGUGACGGGCGUCCUGACUGUCCAGAUGGUGCUGAUGAGGAGUCCUGCCUGGGAUGGGAGAACUGUGGCCCUGGAGAGGUGCCCUGCUCGGAUGGAACCUGUGUUGGCACUUCACAGCUGUGUGAUGGGGCCUGGGACUGUGUAGAUGGGGCAGAUGAGGGACCCAAGCACUGCCCCUCUCCCCUUCUACCUACUCCCCCUGCUGAUACCCCAACUGGACCCUCCAUGGUCAACCUGGAGACUGGACCAACUUCACCGAUCAGAGUCAGCAGGCCCGAACUAUCCUGUGGUCACUAUGAGUUCCGCUGUGGCAAUGGUGAGUGUAUACCUCGGGGUUGGCGCUGUGACCAUGAGGAGGACUGCAAGGAUGGCACCGAUGAGCUGGACUGUGGGCAGCCCUGCCCCCCACAUCAUAUGGCCUGCACCCUCAGCCUCCACUGUAUACCCUACCUGCAGCUCUGUGACGGGACUGCCCAGUGCCCAGAUGGCUCCGAUGAAAGCUUGGAUGCCUGUGGCUCCACCCAGUUGCCACCUUGUCCAGGGCUUUUCCCCUGUGGCUCAGCUCCCCGGCUAUGCUUGAGACUGACUCGGCUCUGUGAUGGAAUUCCUGACUGCCCAGAGGGGGAAGAUGAAGCGAACUGUGAGAGGCUGCCAUUCCCCACAACUCCUAACACGACUGGGGUUCCUUGCCCUGAAUAUUCCUGCCCAGAUGGCCACUGUAUCAGCUUUCAACAGGUGUGUGAUGGACAGCCUGACUGUGAGGUGAGGGAUGGGCUGAGGCCAUCCUCUGAGGAGCAGGGCUGUGCCACAUGGGGAUCCUGGGCCCCAUGGGGGCUGUGCAGCCAGACUUGUGGGGCUGGGGUGCAGGCUCGCAGUCGCCAGUGCUUCCCCCCUAGUCUCCCUGUGCUUCAGCGCUGUCUAGGCCUGGAACACCAAACCCGGGCUUGCUUCACUGUUGCCUGCCCUGAGGAUGGUGAAUGGGGUGACUGGUCCCCCUGGUCUGAAUGCUUGGAGCCAUGUAGGGGGGUUGUGGCUAGACAUCGGGUCUGCCACCCACCCCAAAAUGGUGGCCGGACCUGUGCCACAUUGCCUGGGGGCCCCCACAGCACCCUCCAAACCAAGGCAUGCUCACAGGAUGGCUGUCCCAAUGUCACCUCAUGUCCAGGAGAACUGGUUCCCAAGCCCUGUGCCCCUUGCCCUCUGAGCUGUGCUGACAUCUCCAGCCAGGUGAAGUGCCCAUCUGACCGACCCUGCAGUCCAGGCUGCUGGUGCCCUGAAGGUCAGGUCCUGGGCAUUGAUGGACAGUGUGUGCGACCCCGGCAGUGCCCUUGCCUGGUGGAAGGUACCCUCUAUUGGCCAGGGCAGCGGGUCAAGAUCAACUGCCGGCUCUGCACAUGUCAGGAUGGCCGGCUACGUCGAUGCCAGCCUAACCCUGACUGUGCUGUGAACUGUGGCUGGUCAUCUUGGUCCCCAUGGGCUGAGUGUCCAGGCCCCUGUGGGAGCCAGAGCAUCCAGUGGUCCUUCCGAAGUCCCAGCAACCCUAGCCAUGUGGGUCGUGGUCACCAGUGCCGAGGCAUCUACCGAAAGGCCCGAAGGUGUCAAACAGAUCCCUGUGAGGAAUGUGAGCACCAGGGGAGCACACACAGAGUUGGGGAACGCUGGCGUUGGGGCACGUGCCAGGUGUGCCAGUGUCUUUUCAACCACACAGUUCAGUGUUCACCCUACUGUUCUUUGGGAGCCUGCCCCCAGGCGUGGAUGCUGGUGGAAGGAAAGGGAGAAUCAUGUUGCCACUGUAUUCCUGUUGGAGAGAAUGGAACAGCUGCUCCUAUGACCAUGUCAUCGCCUUUUCCCAGUCUUCAAUCAGAACCCAGUCUUCCCACCUACCCACUACCUGCACCUGGAGACCCUUGCUACUCCCCACUGGGCUUGUCAAGGCUCCCUUCUAGCAGUCUAAGGGCAUCAUCUGAACAUCCUGAACACCCGGCCUGGGCUGGUCGUCUGGGGUCCUUGGUGUUGGGGCUGGAGCCUCAAGGGUGGAGUCCCAGGGAAGACGCCUAUGCUGAGCUACAUAUCCAUCCUCCUUUCCUUCAGAUGGACUUGCUAAGGCCCCGAAACCUCACUGGUGUCCUGGUCCAGGGUGCUGGCUCCUCUGAUGCCUAUGUCACCAGCUUUUCACUCCAGUUUAGUGUUGAUGGGCGUCACUGGCAUGACUACCAUGAGGUUCUGCCAGGCAUUCUGCCUACACCCAAGGUCUUCCCAGGGAACUGGGAUGACUCCACACCUGCGGUGAGGACUUUUGGCCGGGUUGUGCAAGCACAGCAUGUCCGAGUACUACCCCGAGACUUUCAUCACAGCAUCUUCCUGAGGGUGGAGCUGCUGGGCUGUGAUCCAGUGUCCACUCCAGUGGUGCCACCAUGUCCAGGAAAUGAAUUCCUCUGUGCCAAUGGCGUGUGUAUCCCAUCGGAGGCUGUGUGCAAUGGUGUAGAAGACUGUGGAGAUGGCUCUGAUGAAGAGUACUGUGCUGCCCUUCUUUCAAGUACUGCCAGGCCCAGAGACCAUACCCCAUCGGUCUUUCCUGCCCACCUGAUGCGCCCAAUUCCCUGGACCAAGGAGGGUCCAUUGGAUACUGAAGCCUGGAAACCUGGACAGGGGUCUUCUAUUCCUACCAUAGGGACAGAACCAGGCCUUGGCCCCCUCCCAGAAGGCAUUUUUCCAGCUUCUGAAUCUCCCUACCCGAGUACAAAGGAGACAGUGCCUGAGUCCCUCACCUCCUUGCCACCAGGGGCACAGCCUCUUCAGCCCAAAAUUGCUGCAGUGACUGUGCUCACCCCACAUACUCUGCCCACCAUAGGUCCAAGCACUACCCGGUGGUCACCCUUCCCCCGAGUUUUGUGCAGCCCAGACCAGGUUCCCUGUGAGUUCCUAGGUUGUGUGGACCCCAGGCAGGUGUGUGAUGGGCAGGAGGACUGUCUCGAUGGCUCUGAUGAACUACACUGUGUGAGACCCUCACUCUUUGUGGUGUCCAUGGCCACACAACCCACCUUGCCAGCCAUGGGGGCUGUCUGCUCCCCCAAGCAGCUGAGCUGUCGCAGUGGCGAGUGUCUCCCCGCUGACCGGCGCUGUGACCUGCACCCUGAUUGCCAGGAUGGCUCUGAUGAGGAUAACUGUGUGGACUGCAUGUUGGCACCCUGGUCUGGCUGGAGCAGUUGCAGUAGAAGCUGUGGGUUGGGGGUGACCUUCCAGCGGAGGGCCUUGCUUCGAGCCCCACUGCCUGGUGGUGGCUGUCCUCAAGAAGAUUUCCAAAGUCGCUCCUGUUUCUUGCAGGCCUGCCCAGUACCUGGUGCUUGGACUUCAUGGGGCCCCUGGGAACCCUGCAGCGCCUCCUGUGGGGGAGGCCAACAGAGACGUUGGCGUAGCUGCACGGAUCCCCCACCGAAGAAUGGGGGUGCUCCUUGCUCUGGGGCACCAGAGGAGAGCCUACCCUGUGGUCUGCAGCCCUGCAGUGGUGGUACAGACUGUGGCCCAGACCUUGUGUAUGUGAGUGCUGAGCAGUGCCAGCAGGGACUGGUGCCCCAGUGCCCACCCUCCUGCCAGGAUCCUGAAGCUAGGAGGAACUGUAGCACACACUGUAUGGAAGGUUGCCGAUGCCCUGCCGGACUCCUUCUCCAUGAUGCCCAGUGCCUGACACUUUCCCAGUGCCCGUGUCUAGUGGGCACAGAGAUAAAGCUGCCCAGAGAGUCCUUCCUGCUGGACAACUGCAGCCAAUGUGUGUGUGAAGAUGGAACUCUUCACUGUGAGGAUGGGGAUUGUCCUGUGCCCUGUGGCUGGUCAGCAUGGUCCUCUUGGGGACCCUGUGACCACUCUUGUGGCUCUGGAACCAGGGCCAGGUUCAGGUCUCCUUCCAAUCCAGCAGCAGCUUCUGGAGGUGCCCCUUGUGAGGGAAAUGGGCAGGAGGUUCAGGCCUGUCACACAGACUGUGGCUCUGAGCUUCUGGGCUGGACUCUCUGGACACCCUGGUCCUCUUGUUCCCAAAGCUGCUCUGCCCCUAGAGGACCCCCUGUCUGGCGACACCGCUCUCGCCUCUGCCCCAAGUCUGAGGGGGUAGUCUGCCCUGGGGAGCCCUCUCAAGAAGAGCUCUGCAGCCUCCCUGCAUGUCCGGUGUCUAGUAUUUGGACACCUUGGGCGCCAUGGUCCUCCUGCUCAGCUGACUGUGAUGGGGGUAUUCAAACCCGUGGGCGCAGGUGCUCUGGCUCAGUUUCUGGGAUUCCUGAGUGCCAGGGGCCCCAUAGCCAGACCCGAGACUGCCACACCCAGCCCUGCUCAGCCCGUUGUCCUGAGGGCAUGGUAUUCCAUUCCAAGGAGCAAUGUCAACAGGAGGGAGGGCCAUGCCCACGGCUAUGCUUGGCACAGGACCCAGGUGUGGAAUGCGUGGGCACCUGUGGCCCUGGCUGUAGCUGCCCUCCUGGCCUCUUCCUGCACAACACCAGCUGCAUGCCCCUUAGUCAGUGCCCCUGCCAGCUUCAUGGGAAGCUCUAUCCACCUGGGGCUGUGGCCCGCCUGGACUCCUGCAACAAUUGCACAUGCAUCUCUGGAGAGAUGGAGUGCAGCACCAAGACUUGCCCGGUGGCCUGUGGAUGGAGCCCCUGGACUGCAUGGAGUCCUUGUAGCCGAAGUUGUAACGUGGGCGUACGACGACGUUUCCGGGCAGGCACAGCACCCCCAGCUGCCUUUGGAGGUGCUGAGUGCGAGGGUCCCAGUGUAGAGGCUGAAUUCUGCAGCCUGCAGCUGUGUCGUGGCCCUGGUAUGGAAUGGGGUCCAUGGUCUCCCUGCUCUGUACCCUGCGGUGGUGGUUACAGGAAUCGGACCAGAGGCAAUGCCCCCCAUAGCCCAAUUGACUUCUCUACCUGUGGUCUGCAGCCUUGUACUGGGCCAGUGCCUGGAGUAUGUCCAGAGGGAAAGCAAUGGCAUGAUUGUACUGAGGGCCCAGCCACCUGUGCAGAGCUCAGCACCCAGGAAAAUACCAAUGGAACCUGCCACCCCGGCUGCUAUUGUCCCCCUGGGACCCUCUUGUUGAACAACAUAUGUGUGCCUCGCCAGGAUUGCCCUUGUACCUAUGGUGGGCACCUUUACCCUGCUGGCAGCAUUAUCCUCCAGCCCUGUGAGAACUGCUCCUGUGUCUCUGGGCUCAUCACCAAUUGUACCUCCCGGCCAUGUGAAGAAGAUCAAGCCACAUGGACACCAUGGACCCCCUGGAGUGAGUGCUCAGCCUCUUGUGGUCCUGCCCGUCGUCACCGGCAUCGUUUCUGCCCCAGGUCUCUCCACCUGAAAUCCUCCAGCAUCAUGCUUAUCUCAACAACUUCCCUUCCCUUGCUUUGCCAUGGUCCAGAGGCUGAAGAGGAGCCUUGCAUCUUGUCCCCCUGUGAUCGUUCAGGAGGCUGGGGCCCAUGGGGCCCAUGGUCAGCCUGCAGUCGGACCUGUGGGGGAGGCCUUCGGAGUCGGGCACGACUCUGUGACCAACCUCUGCCUCAGGGCCUCGGUGACUACUGUGAGGGCCCUCAUGCUCAGGGGGAGACCUGCCAGGCACUGCCAUGUCCAGGGUCCAACUGCAGUGCUAUCCCUGGUGCUGAAUUCAGUCAUUGUGGCCCACCUUGCCCCAGGUCCUGUGAUGACCUUGCUCAUUGUGUGUGGCAGUGCCAGCCAGGCUGUUACUGCCCUCGGGGCCAAGUGCUGAGCACAGAUGGCACUGCCUGCGUGGAUCCAAGCUACUGUGGCUGCCUCGACCUGCUGACUGGAAAGCGGCAUCAGCUGGGCUCCGUAUUGACACGACCUGAUGGCUGCAAUGAGUGCACCUGCAUGGAAGGGAGGCUGAAUUGUACUAACCUGCCUUGCCCAGUACCUGGAGGCUGGUGUUCUUGGUCUGAAUGGACACCGUGCACCUUGCCAUGUGGGGGUGAGAAUCGUGCCCGAUCGCGGACUUGUGCCUGCCCCCCCCCUCAGCAUGGAGGGGCUUCAUGCCCAGGGGAGAUUGGAGAACCUGGCUCACAACUUCAGCGGGAGCCCUGUCCCAGACUCACUGCGUGUCCAGUGGAUGGUGGCUGGAGCCCAUGGGGACCAUGGUCCCCUUGCAGUUCUUGUACUGGGGAAUCAUCUCGGAGGAGGGAGUGUACCCAUCCAUCGGCAGAGAUCGGGGGCCGCCCUUGUCCUGGGAGGCACCAGGAGAGCCAGGCCUGCCAGGACAAUUCUACAUAUUGCACAGACUGUGGGGGUGGUCAGGGACUUCUCCCUUGUGGGAAGCCCUGCCCCCGAUCUUGCCAGGACCUGUCCCCAGGGAAUGGGUGCCAUUCUGACCCAUCUGAUUGCCAGCCCUCUUGUGGAUGUCCACUUGGCCAGCUCUUCCAAGAUGGGCUCUGUGUGCCUCAUGCUCACUGCCGCUGCCAGUACCAGCCCAGAGCCAUGGGGAUCCCUGAGAAUAGAAGCCGUUCAGUGGGGUCCCAGGUCAGCUCUUGGGAGAGUCUGGAGCCUGGAGAGACUCUGAUGGGUCCUUGUGACAAUUGUACCUGUGUGGAGGGCACACUGCAGUGCCAGGAAGUGCCUAGCUGUCCAGGUCCUGGGGGGUGGACACUGUGGGGCCCUUGGGAAGCUUGUAGCAUGUCCUGUGGAGGUGGAGAGCAGCUACGCUCCCGGCACUGUGCCCGCCCCCCGUGCCUGGGCCCUGCCCGCCAGAGCCAGACUUGCCAUACUCAGGUCUGCAGAGAAGCAGGUUGUCCAGCCGGAAGGCUAUUCCGGGAAUGUGAGACAGAUGAAGGCUGCCCCUUCUCUUGUGCCCACAUCACCCAGCAGGUGGACUGUUUCUCUGAUGGCUGUGAAGAGGGCUGUCACUGCCCACCAGGAACCUUUCAGCAUGGUCCCACCUGCAUACAGGAAUGCCCAUGUAUCCUGACUGUAUCCCUGCUACAGGAGUUGGAAGCUCAUAGCCCAGAAUCCAGGGCACCUCUACCCACCUUGGGGGACACUGGUCAGCUCCUGGGGCCUGGGGAUGAGCUAGAUCCUGGCCAAACCCUCAGAAUGGGUUGUAGCAACUGUUCCUGUGCCCACGGGCAGCUCACCUGCUCCCUCCUGCACUGUCCUGUGACUGGGGGCUUUACUCCCUGGAAUCAGUGGGGGCCUUGUUCCCGCUCCUGUGGGGGAAUGGGCACCCGCACCCGCACACGGAAAUGUGCCCACCCCAAACCUGCCCAUGGUGUCCAGGACUGCCAAGGACCCCGCCAGGACCUCGCAUACUGUCUCAGCCCAGACUGUCCUGAAGCUGAAGGAUCCACAGUAAUGCCAGGGACAGCCCUCCCAGGCGGCUGGGGGCCAUGGUCCCCUUGGUCCCCCUGCUCACGAAGCUGCACAGAUCUAGCUCAUCCAGUCCUUCGUGGCCGGAGCCGCCACUGCCUGGCCAACUGCACCAAUGGGAAUUCCAUCCAGGAGAGGCCUUGCAACUUGCCCCUGUGUGCAGGACAGCCUCCCUCCCCAGCCAUGCCCCUGUGCCCUGGCCCGGGUUGCACUGGGGCCAACUGCUCCUGGACAGAAUGGGCUCCUUGGGCCCCCUGCUCCCGGAGCUGUGGUGUGGGCCAGCAGCAUCGCCUGCGGGCAUACCACCCCCCUGGGCCUGGUGGGCAUUGGUGCCCUGACAUUCUUACUGCCUAUCAGGAGCGCCGAUUCUGCAACCUGUGGGCAUGCCCAGUGGCUGGAGGCUGGUCUCACUGGAGCCCUUGGUCCUGGUGUGACCGGAGCUGUGGAGGAGGUCGCUCACUGAAGAGCCGGAGGUGCACCCGCCCUCCACCCAAGAAUGGGGGAGCCCCCUGUGCUGGGGAGCAGCAUCGUGUCCGGCUUUGUAACCCUGAACCUUGUGCGGAAGGCUGCCCUCCAGGCAUGAAAGUCACAGACUGUGCCAACCGAUGCCCGCGCCACUGUUCUGACCUCCAGGAAGGCAUUGUGUGUCAGGAAGGCCAGACCUGCACACCAGGCUGCCGCUGCCUGGAGGGAUUCCUGGAGCAAGAUGGAGGGUGUGUGCCAGUUGAGCACUGUGAGUGCACUGAUACUCACGGGUACAGCUGGGCACCGGGGAGCCAACACCAGGAUGACUGUAAUAACUGCACGUGCCAGGUGGGGCAUCUGUCCUGCAGUGCCCAGCUCUGCCCACCGCCUGCCUAUUGUGCCUGGAGCCGCUGGUCAGCUUGGUCACCGUGCAGUCGUUCCUGUGGGCAAGGAGGGCAGCAAAGCCGCUUCCGGUCAUCCACAUCUGGUUCAUGGGCCCCGGAGUGCCGGGAGGAGCAGUCACAGAGUAAGCCUUGCCCCCAGCCCCUGUGCCCACCUCUGUGCCCACAUGGCAGCCACCUCAAGGCCCUCGGGGACAGCUGGUUACAAGGAGAAUGUCAUCAGUGCUUCUGCACUCCAGAGGGCAUUAUUUGCCAGGACAUCGAAUGCGCAGUGCCUGGGGCUUGGACACCAUGGUCCCCCUGGUCAGAUUGUCCAGUUUCUUGUGGGGGUGCAAACCAGGUUCGAACCAGAGCCUGCAUUGCCCCACCCCCACAACAUGGGGGGCUGCCCUGCCCAGGCCCAGAUACCCAAGCCCAGCCUUGUGGGCAGCAGCUUUGCCCAGAGCUGCCUAUUUCCUGCUCCUGGGAGCCGUGGGGACCUUGCUCCCAAAGCUGUGGCCCUGGCCUUGUCUCCCGAUCUGGCUCCUGUCCCUGCUCCCCAAAUGGCCUCAGUCCUUCCUGCAAUGGCACCACACCCCACCUGGACACCCGUGCAUGUUAUUCUGGACCUUGCCCAGAGGAGUGCGUGUGGACUAGCUGGAGCAGCUGGACUGUCUGCUCUUGCCGGGUGCUAGUUCAGCAGCGAUACCGGCACCAGGGUCCAGGCUCCAGGGGGACCAGUCAGGAGACCCCCUGCACCCGCCUAGAUGGCCACUUCCGGCCCUGCCAUCCCAGAAAUUGUUCUGAGAAGAGCUGUGAGCCACCAUUUGAGUUCCAGGCCUGUGGCUCCCCUUGUGCUGGGCUCUGUGCUAUCCGUCAGCACGCUGGCCUUUGCCAAGACCUAGCUCCCUGUCAGCCUGGCUGCUACUGCCCCAAGGGGCUACUAGAGCAGGCAGGGGGUUGUGUCCCUCCUGAACAGUGUAACUGUCACUUGGGUCCCAGCAAUGGAGUAGGGGAGCCCCAGACUCUGGCUCCUGGAGAACACCUGCACUUGGGCUGUAAGGAGUGUGUCUGCCAGGAUGGGGAAUUGCAGUGUUCCAGUCAUAACUGCCAAGGUCUUCUACCCCUGAGUGGGUGGUCAGAGUGGUCACCCUGUGGACCUUGUUUGCCACUUGCUGCUCUGGCUCCCACCUUGCUGAGUGCUCUGUGGGAGCAUGGACCCAAGGAUGGACCCUCUCCUAUGCCUGCUGAUUUCCCCCUACUGGCCUCAGAGCAGCAUCGGCACCGCCUGUGCCUGGAUCCUGAGACAGGAAAGCCCUGGGAUGGGGACUCACAGUUCUGCACUGCCCCUCUGAGCCAGCAGCGCCUCUGCCCUGACCCUGAAGUCUGCCAAGACCCUUGCCAGUGGGAAACCUGGAGCUCUUGGAGUCCAUGUCAAGUAUCUUGCAGUGGAGGAUUCCGGCUACGCUGGAGGAAGGCAAAGGUUCUUGCCAGAGAAAGAUGCCAGGAGCCCUGGGCUCAGACAGAAAGUUGCAAUACUGAUCCAUGCCCAGGGGAGAGUUGUGAGGCCCAAGGUACAGUGCCAACAGCUGAUUGUGCCAAUCAAUGUCCCCGAAGCUGUGUGGACCUGUGGAACAGAGUGCAGUGUCUCCAAGGGCCCUGCAGCCCAGGCUGCCGUUGUCCCUCUGGCCAGCUGCUUCAGGAUGGGCAUUGUGUACCUGUAUCUUCUUGUCCCUGUGGCCUCCCCAGCUCCAAUGCCACUUGGGAGCUGGUCCCAGCUGGGGAGCUGCAGUUGGAUUGCCAUAACUGUACCUGUGUCAAUGGGUCCUUGGUAUGCAGUCCCUAUGAAUGCCUGGCCUUUGGGCCCUGGUCACCCUGGAGUGACUGCUCAACCUCCUGUGGCGGGGGUACUAGGGAGCGGCACCAGAGCUGUGAGGAGAGUCUCCAGGGGUUCCCAUGCCAACUCCAGGACAUGAAGCAGAUAGAAGAAUGCAAUUCUGAGCCCUGCACAACUUUGUGCCAGGUGGGCGAGUGGUCAGAGUGGAGUGAUUGCAGUGCCAGCUGUGGGGGAGGUGUGACAGAAAGGAAGAGAGAUCCACCUCUGGGGACACCGUGCCCCCUGCUCCCACCCCUGCGGCUCCAUAGGACAUGCAACCCUCAGCCCUGCAGCCAACAGUGCCCCCCUGAUCAGAGACCCACCCCCUGUGCCACAUCAUGCCCAAGCCGCUGCUCAGACCUACAGCCUGGCACCCUCUGUGUGCAGUUGCCUUGCCAACCUGGCUGCAGCUGUCCUGAUGGGCAGCUGCUGCAGAUGGGCAGAUGUGUCCCCCUGGCUGAGUGCCCCUGCACCCAGCUUUCGUUGCCCUGGGCCCUCUUCUUGACCCCAGAGGAUCAGGCCCAAGAGCUGCCUUCUGGGACUAUACUUGUCCGGAACUGUACCCACUGCCUCUGCCAGGAAGGAUCCUUCAACUGUUCCAGCAGGGACUGUCAGGCAGAGUGCCCGCCUGGAGAGAGGUGGCAGCAGGUGGUACCAGGGGAACCAGGCGCAUGUGAGAAGACUUGUCAGGAGCUGUACAUUGAGGAGCCGCAUCAGAACAACUGCAGCAUGGGGCAGACUGAAGGCUGUGUAUGCCAGAGUGGGCAUUACCGCAGUCAGGCAGGCACCUGUGUCACUGCUGCCCACUGCGAGUGCUGGCACCACGGACGCUUCUACUUGCCUGGGGCUGAGUGGCAGGAAGACUGUGAAUGGUGCAGAUGCAUUGAUGGGAGGAGCUUUUGUGCCCGGAAUUGUCCCCACAUUGUCUGUGCUCAGGGUGAGAUAAAAGUACAGAAGCCAGAUGGUUGCUGCCCUGUCUGUCAGCAGGAAGUACUAGAAGAAGCAUCGAUGUCCUGCAAGCAUCUCACUGAGCUUCGAAACAUCACCAAGGGUUCCUGCCACCUGCACCAGGUAGAGGUGAGCUACUGUACUGGACACUGUCCUUCCAGCACUGAUGUCAUUCCUGAGGAGCCAUACCUGCAGAGUGUGUGUAACUGCUGUAGCUACCUCUUGGACCCUGUCAAUCCUGUGCGCAUCUUGAAUCUGCAUUGUCCUGGGGGUGACACAGAACCUGUUGUACUUCCGGUCAUACACAGCUGCCAGUGCAGUGCCUGCCAGGGAGGGGAUUUAUCAAAGCGCUGAAGGGAUCGGACUCGUUGGCAACAUACUUAGUUCAACAAUAUGACCUGUAUUGUCUGGAACGGUCCUCAUUUCAAGAAAAUACAUUUUUUAACAAAGCUUAGCUGAAGGAACAUACUUUGUUAGACUGUGUUUCUGGAAUUUGGAGUUUGGAAGAAUGUAGUCUACCAUAGUCAUGGGAAACAAUCCCUCUUUGUUCAUGAAGCCAGCAGGCCUGCAUGUAUAUUUUUAUGUACAUGAACCAUGAAUGGCCUGGGGGCUUGUGGAACAGGAGCAGCUCAUUCCCUAAUAAAGCAAAUUUGCCAAUA